AUGUCACAAACCAUCACUUUAGAAAACACAGAACCACAAGAUGUUCGCAUCAAAGCUCCCGCCAUUGAUCAACAAAUCGAAGCUAUUAUCAAAACAGAAUUCAAAUCUGCUUAUGUCCAUAGUCAAUCACUACUUCCAAAAGAUGUUCCAAAUGGUAGUGAUCCUGAAGGUUUAAAAAGACUACCGGAAUCAACUCGUAAGAGAUUUGAUGAUGCUGGAAUUGAUAUUUCCAAAGGAUAUCCACAUGUUCCUAAUAAAAAAGACAUUCCAAUUUUCCUUGAUGAAGCGUUUGAAAUUAGAAAUAAAGAAUUUCCAUAUAUUGAAAGAGGAUUAAAUGCUGACCCAGAAAAAAAAGCAUUGUUUGGUGCUGCUAAACAAGUUAUUAACCUUACAAAAAAAAUUGGUACCGAAAUUGUCGGCUUACAAUUAUCUGAUUUGAAUGAUAAACAAAAGGAUGAAUUAGCUUUGCUUGUAGCUGAAAGAGUUGUUACACCAAGAGUUCCAAAUUUGGAUGGUGUUAUUGUUAUUUGGCAAGAUUACAGGUUUAAUACUUUGACUUAUAAAAACAACAAUUAUGGUAAUUUUGGUAAGUUUGGUGGAUUUGGCACUCAAACAUGGCAUACUGAUUUGGUCCAUGAAUUUCAACCAGCUGGUAUCACUCAUUUACAUAAUGAUGCCAUUCCAGAGCUUGGUGGUGACACUAUUUGGUCUUCGGAAUAUGCUGCUUAUGAUAAAUUAUCUCCUGCUUUGCAGAAGUUUUUAGAUGGAAAAGAAGCCAUCUACGUCUCAGCUCAUGGCUAUCUCGACAGAGAUGACCCAUUUAGUGGUCCAAAAAAAGUUGAAAGAAGACAUCCCAUCGUUAGAACUCAUCCUGCAACUGGUUGGAAGGCAUUGUUUGUCAAUAGGAGCAUGACAAAAAGCAUUGUUGGUUUGGAACCACCGGAAUCUGAUGUCAUUUUAAAUUAUUUGUUUAGUGUCUUUGAAAAAAACGCUGAUAUCCAAGUUAGAUUUAAUUGGAAAUCAACUAAACCAGGUUAUGGAACUUCAGCGAUCUGGGACAACAGAAUAUCUAUCCAUAGUACUGUUUGGGACCAUGAAGGAUUAGAACCAAGACAUGGUACAAGAGUUACUUCGUUGGCAGAAGUUCCAUUUUUUGAUUCAAAAUCAAAGUCUCAGAGAGAAGCUUUAGGCUUGCCUUUGAACUAA